GAAGUAAAAAAGUCGAAUUCAAUAAAACUCUUUUGGAAUCAACAAGGCAAUAUUAUGGAAUCUGAGAUAAUUGAAGAAAAACCCAAUUGCUGUGGAUUAGAUCUCUCCAAGCUGUCAACUGGCGAUGACGUACCUACUAGCAAACGCAAACGAAAACGUGGAGAUUAUGAAAAUUUUAAUUCAAGGUCGUUGAAAGAUAUCACAUUCAUGGAUAAAGAUGAUAGCGAAGAGAAAGAUGACGAAAGAUGA